UCUCUGAGUGCCGGUGAUAGCGCGUUUGGUCGCUCCCACUCUCCGGCUCACCCACAGGUACCAUCAUGGCGCUGCACGUCCCCAAGGCCCCGGGCUUUGCCCAGAUGCUGAAGGAAGGAGCCAAGCACUAUUCUGGAUUGGAAGAAGCAGUGUUCCGGAAUAUCCAGGCCUGUAAAGAGCUCGCUCAGACUACUCGCACAGCGUAUGGGCCGAAUGGAAUGAACAAGAUGGUUAUCAAUCAUUUGGAGAAGCUUUUUGUUACAAAUGAUGCUGCCACCAUUAUACGGGAGCUAGAGGUCCAGCAUCCGGCUGCCAAAAUGGUUGUCAUGGCUUCCCACAUGCAAGAGCAGGAAGUUGGAGACGGCACUAAUUUUGUUCUGGUCUUUGCUGGCGCUUUACUUGAGCUGGCAGAAGAGCUUCUGCGAAUGGGACUGUCUGUAUCCGAGGUGAUCGAAGGCUAUGAGAAGGCCUGUAAGAAAGCCUUGGAAAUCCUCCCCGACCUGGUGUGCAGCUCUGCCAAGAACUUACGUGACAUUGAUGAAGUUGCGUCCCUUCUUCAGACUUCCAUCAUGAGCAAGCAGUAUGGCAACGAGCUCUUCCUUUCUAAGCUCAUUGCCCAGGCAUGUGUCUCCAUCCUGCCCGAGUCUGGCCAUUUUAAUGUUGAUAACAUCAGAGUGUGCAAGAUUUUGGGCUCAGGUAUCUGUGCCUCGUCUGUCUUGCACGGCAUGGUUUUCAAAAAGGAAGCAGAAGGCAAUAUUUCUUCUGUGAAAGAUGCCAAAAUCGCAAUCUAUUCCUGUCCAUUCGACGGCAUGAUCACUGAAACUAAGGGCACCGUGCUGAUAAACAGCGCGCAGGAACUGAUGAACUUCAGCAAAGGCGAAGAGAAUCUCAUGGAAGAGCAAGUAAAGGCAAUCGCAGAAGCAGGGGCCACUGUUCUUGUGACAGGGGGCAAAGUUGCUGACAUGGCUCUCCAUUACGCAAACAAGUACAACCUCAUGGUAGUAAGGUUAAACUCCAAAUGGGAUCUUAGAAGACUGUGCAAAACUGUGUGUGGAACUGCCCUUCCCAGGCUGACCCCUCCUACAGCAGAGGAAAUGGGGCGCUGUGACAGUGUUUACUUGUCAGAAGUUGGGGAUACACAGGUUGUUGUGUUCAAGCACGAAAAGGAAGACGGCGCCAUUGCUACGGUUGUGAUCCGUGGCUCUACAGACAAUCUCAUGGACGAUGUGGAACGAGCAGUAGAUGACGCCGUGAAUACUUUCAAAAUCCUCACAAGGGACAAGCGCCUUGUGCCUGGAGGCGGAGCCACUGAAGUUGAGUUGGCAAAACAGAUCACAUCUUAUGGAGAGACCUGCCCUGGGCUUGACCAGUACGCCAUUAAAAAGUUUGCCGAAGCAUUUGAGUCCAUUCCAAGAGCAUUGGCGGAAAAUUCUGGUGUCAAGGCCAAUGAGAUCAUCUCCAAACUCUACGCAAUGCACCAGGAAGGCAACAAGAACGUGGGCUUUGACAUUGAGGCGGAGAGUGCGGCAGUGAAAGACAUGAUGGAAAGUAACAUCCUGGACACGUAUCUAGGGAAAUACUGGGGGAUAAAGUUGGCUACAAAUGCAGCGAUCACUGUACUUAGGGUUGACCAGAUUAUAAUGGCAAAGGCAGCUGGUGGACCAAGAGCCCCCAAACAGCAAGGACACUGGGAUAAGGAUGAUUGGCAAGAUGAACCAGACAAAUCUUAGGGCUCUAUUAUCAUGGCAAAACCAGCAGGCGGCCCAAAAGCACCCACGGGAAAGAAGGACUGGGACGAUGACCAAAACGACUGAAUACCGCCUUUCUGAAUCCGUUGGUCUAAUCAGUGUGUGCAGUACAGAUUACCGAGUCGCUUUUUUUUUUUUUUUUUUGCAAUUUGUUCACUUACCCUUAAGUUAAAUAAUACUGUAUAAUAAACAUUCAGUUUCUGA